AAGGCAUCUCCUUUCCCCUUUAUUCCUUAUUCUUUCCGUACUCUUCCUAAUCCUUGCAUAAAAGGGCCUUAAGCAGUAGACAAUGGACAAAAGUUUCCUAUGCAAUGAGGCGGCAAUGGUGCUUGUUUGCACAAUGGCAGGUGCAGGCAGCUAUGGAUUCACUUUCUGUAAGGCAUAUAAUAUCUGCAACUGCAACCCAUCAAGGUUCGCCAAGGAGAAGAGAUCAAGCAAGCCCAAUUCAAAGAAAAGGGAUUCACACCCAAACCGGGCGAUUAUGCUUCCCCGUUCUCUCCAAAAAGUCUGAUUUCCAAGAGAAAGACACAGACACGCGUCUUUCACAAUCAAAACAAAGAGACCGAUCAUCAUCAUCAUCGUCUGAGAUAGCCAUGUCGAGCACAGCCGGUCAGGUUAUUAAGUGCAAAGCCGCGGUGGCAUGGGAGGCUGGGAAGCCAUUGGUGAUUGAAGAAGUGGAGGUGGCACCACCUCAGGCAAACGAAGUCCGCGUGAAGAUCCUCUUCACCUCCCUUUGCCACACUGAUGUUUACUUCUGGGAAGCCAAGGGGCAGACGCCAUUGUUUCCUCGCAUAUUUGGUCAUGAAGCUGGAGGAAUUGUGGAGAGUGUAGGCGAGGGCGUAACCGAUCUCAAACUAGGGGACCAUGUUCUCCCUGUCUUCACUGGGGAGUGCAAGGAGUGUCGCCACUGUAAGUCGGAGGAGAGCAACAUGUGUGACCUCCUCAGGAUUAAUACUGACAGAGGCGUUAUGCUUAAUGAUGGCAAGACGAGGUUCUCCAUAAAUGGAAAGCCUAUUUACCACUUUGUUGGCACCUCCACAUUUAGUGAAUACACUGUUAUCCAUGUCGGCUGCCUCGCGAAGAUCAACCCUGCCGCCCCAUUAGACAAAGUUUGUGUUCUUAGUUGCGGAAUAUCCACAGGUCUUGGUGCCACUUUGAAUGUUGCAAAACCCAAAAAGGGUCAAUCUGUAGCCGUCUUUGGAUUGGGUGCUGUUGGCCUUGCUGCUGCUGAAGGGGCAAGAAUUGCUGGGGCUUCAAGAAUCAUUGGUGUUGAUCUGAACCCUGCUCGUUUCGAGGAAGCCAAGAAGUUUGGUGUCACCGAAUUUGUGAAUCCAAAAGAUCAUGACAAGCCUGUUCAAGAGGUGCUUGCUGAGAUGACCGACGGUGGAGUGGAUCGGGCUGUUGAAUGUACUGGAAGCAUCCAGGCCAUGAUCUCAGCAUUUGAAUGCGUUCAUGAUGGUUGGGGUGUUGCAGUACUUGUUGGAGUACCAAGUAAAGAUGAUGCAUUCAAGACUCAUCCUAUGAACUUGUUGAAUGAGAGGACUCUGAAGGGUACCUUCUUUGGAAACUACAAGCCCCGCACUGAUAUUCCUGGGGUCGUGGAAAAGUACAUGAACAAGGAGCUGGAACUGGAGAAAUUUAUCACUCACUCAGUCCCUUUCUCGGAGAUCAACAAAGCCUUUGACCUCAUGCUUCAUGGGAAGUCUAUCCGCUGCAUUAUCACCAUGGGUGCUUAAAUCACUAGGGAGAUUGUGCAAUUAUGGGAAGAGCAAUUUGGAUCCUCUCCAUUUGAAAUGUAAUUCUCUCCAUUUGAAGGGAAGAGGGCUUUUCUUUUUGGCGUGAUGGGGACUUUUAAUAAAAGAUUUUGUAGUGUGGUUUAUGAUUUUUGCAGAGAGAACAAGCAGUUUUAUGUAUAAAUGAAAUUUCACAUAUGUUUGCCGUUGCCUUUUUCAAUAAUAUUUUCCAGUUUGUCUCUUA